CCGGGACACAGGGACAACCUGACGGGACCCGGCAGCUUGCACAAGGCCAUUGCCAGGGGCGUUUGGUUGGUUCUUCCACUUUUUUGGUCUGGCUUGGCCGUAGCUUGAGCACCACUGCACUUGCACUUGCACCUGCACCAAGCUACCACCUCCCUCUCCCCCUCUCCACUUUGGGGGAACUGACUUCCCGGAUCGUCCAAUACGCAGGCCGCAGUGCGCAGUAGCUCCUCCAUUUUCCAGGCUGCACUCCACGCUCACUCCUCGGGGCUUGCCUUUCCAGGCUUUACUGAGCAGCUGGUUUAUUAAUGCGAAGAGCCUCGCCAUCCAUCACAUCUCUCCCUUAGGCAACACUUCCAACAUCCAAUCUUCCCAUCCCCAAUCCGUUACAACUUUCACAAUCACCCACGUAACACCUUAUCCUCAGAACUUUUGUCUGCACAAAUCAUUUUGGCCCUACAGAGGUUUCCCGUACGUACUAGCUUUGCCAUAACCAGAGAUCGACACAUACCUGGUACCUAUUAAUUCACCGACGACGUAACCAUUCCUUACCUCACCUUGCUUUACCCGCCUGCUGCCUCCGAGAAUCCCACUUGCGAGCGAAUCCCCCAAGACUCGUAACACUACCAACCGAGGCCAUGGCUCCUCCUCAACCCGAAAAGAGCCAAUUGAAACGAACUAGAGUAAGUCGUCUACUGAUGUGCCCGGCCUUCUGGUGUGCAAUCCUAAAUCGUCUUUCCCUUCCAAAGGGUUCUCUGCCAGAAACCGAACUGGAUGCGAAGAAGCCCCGCCGCUCCGACAGGCAAUCACCGGAACCCGAGCACAAGACGCCAGUCUCUAAGAAGCACCAGCUUCCCUCCCCAGUCACAAGGUCCGGCGACUCGGAUGAGGUCUACAAGGAGCCCACCGCCACACCCCCGGAAGGACGUCCCAGCCAGGUGAACCACCGCGAUAAGGACGACGCGUCGCAAGCCGUUAAUAACAUCUCCUCACCGCCGCAGGAGGCGACCCAGGCUUUCUCGCAGUAUGCCCACGAGACCAAGGAGGCCCUCUCGGACGAGGUCGAGGAUGAGGUGAAGGAGGGCGUAUGGGGAUACUUGUUCCCUCUCGAUACCAAAUAUGGCAAAGUUGUCGUCAUGAAGAGGCGAGCUGCUUGCCCUUUGCCUGACGCUGUCGAGGCGAAAGAGUCAUCGAAUAAGGAUCAGAAUGGAAAGUCGUCCCUGCAGAAGGAAGAAGAGGCGUACGAGCGCACAAAGGUCAAGGGCGUCGCAUCGGGCGGGUACUUGAUUGGCCGUCAUCCAGAGUGCGACAUCGUCGUGGACGAUCCCAUCAUUUCCAACAGGCAUUGCUUAAUCUUCACCGAAAACAAGGGCGGCGACACUGUUGCGAUUCUGGAGGAUUUGUCUAGUAACGGAACUUUCGUCAACGAAGCAAUCGUAGGACGCAACAAGCGGAGAGAGCUCCAGGAGCAAGACGAAAUCGCUGUUAUUGACAAGGCUCGUUUCAUCUUCCGGUACCCCAAGAGUCGGCAAUCUAGUGCAUUUCUGAGUCAGUACACUCUCCUCGAGAAGUUGGGCAAGGGUCACUUUGCCGAGGUGUUUUUGUGUGUCGAGAAGUCUACCGGCCAACGGUACGCCGUCAAGAUCUUCACCAAAACGCCCGGCAUGGAGGAGAGAUCCAAGCAGGAGGGCUUGCAGCAGGAGAUUGCUGUUCUCAUGGGCGUCAGCCAUCCCAACGUUCUCUGCUUGAAGGACACGUUCAAUGAACGUAAUGCCGUUUAUCUGGUCCUCGAGCUGGCUCCUGAAGGCGAGCUGUUCAACUUCAUUGUGAUGAGGCAGAAAGUGAGCGAGGAUGAGACGCGUAAGCUCUUCAAGCAGCUGUUCCAGGGCAUCAAAUAUCUUCACGAUCGCAACAUUGUUCACAGAGAUAUCAAACCUGAGAACAUCUUGAUGGUCGACAAGGAACUCAAUGUCAAGCUGGCUGAUUUCGGCUUGGCAAAGAUUAUUGGUGAAGAGUCCUUCACGACCACAUUGUGCGGCACGCCCAGUUACGUGGCCCCAGAGAUUCUCGCCGAGGGCAGGCACAGAAAGUACACGAAAGCUGUAGACAUUUGGUCGCUGGGUGUCGUGCUGUACAUCUGCUUGUGUGGUUUCCCGCCCUUCUCGGAUGAGCUCUAUUCUAAGGAAUUCCCCUACACGUUGUCGCAGCAGAUCAAAAGCGGUAGAUUUGACUACCCGUCACCGUACUGGGAUUCUGUUGGCGACCCUGCUCUUGACCUGAUUGAUUCUAUGCUUGUCGUCGACCCCGAACGUCGGUUCACUGUGGACCAGUGUCUCAACCAUCCCUGGAUGACUCAGAAUCAGCCUGGUGUCAAUGACAGCACUGAUGGUCUUGUUGGCGGCAUUCAGGGCUUGGGCGUCCAGCGACGGGGCGUGACCAGAGAACGUACUCUCUUGAGCUCAUUGAACUCAGUCCAGGUGGCAACCAGAGCGCCUGUAGGAGACAGCAAGAAGCCCGUCAAUAUUUAUGCUAAGAACACGAAGAAGAUCCAGCCGAAGGAGGCUGAUCCCCACUCGCAGAGAGCUGUGGGCGAGUUUGUGGAGAUGGGGGGCAAGGGCGACGAGGCGCUCUUUGGGGCCGAUGGAGAGAGCAUUUACUCAAAGAACGACAUUGCUAGCGCCGAGAAGAAUGGUGGGAAGUGAUGUUAUGUAAUAUUUCUUAUGGGUUCGUUCUUUGGGAGCAUGGAUUAUGAGAUGUGUCUGUGGACAGCAUCGGCGAUGUUUUGGGUUCUUGGCUUUCAUGGUGCCAUGCAGGCAUAUACUAUGUUUGCGACACCACCGGCCAUUGUUUUCAGUAGUGUCACGGGCUUGGAGACAAGGGUUGUGCAGUAAAGCAUUGGACGACCUAUACAGAUACGCAGGCACGGAUGGGCAAAAGUUUGGAGUUUCACGCUGUUUUUGAUCGAAACAACGGCC